CGGUGCGGGACUCCCCUGGCGGUGACGUGUGUUGCCAUGGCGACGCCCAGGCAGCGUCUCGCUCCGAGUGGGGGGGGUAGGGGGAUGACAACAAAUAUGGCGGAGAGGAGCAGGACGGCAGAGACGGGUAGUGCCAUAGGAAGUGAUGAUAUCAUAGCAGGGAAUGUGAGCAAGUACACUGUUCUGCCAGUUGGUUAUUGUGGACUGCCUAAAAAAGGACAUCUUAUAUUUGAUGCCUGUUUUGAAAGUGGUAACCUUGGACGGGUGGACCACAUCACAGAGUUCGAGUAUGACCUGUUCAUUAGACCAGAUACUUGUAACCCACGCUUUCGAGUUUGGUUCAACUUCACUGUUGAAAAUGUAAAAGAGUCACAGAGAGUAAUUUUCAAUGUUGUCAACUUCAGUAAAACAAAAAGCCUCUAUAGAGAUGGGAUGGCUCCAAUGGUGAAAUCCACAAGCAGACCAAAAUGGCAAAGAAUUCCCUCUAAGAAUGUGUAUUACUAUCGCUGCCCAGACCACAGGAAGAACUAUGUCAUGUCAUUUGCUUUUUGCUUUGACCGAGAGGAUGACACUUAUCAAUUUGCUUACUGCUACCCCUACACCUAUACUCGCCUUCAGCACUAUCUUGACAACCUACAAAGGAGGAACAUGGACUACUUUCGCAGAGAAUCGCUAGGACUCAGCGUGCAGAAACGGCAGCUUGACCUCCUGACAAUAACCAGCCCUGAGGACAAAACUGACCUUGAGAACAGUGUGAUGCAGAAGAAAAUUAAAAUCCCCAAACUCUCUCUCAAUCACAUAGAAGAAGCUGGGGAGGUUACAGAUUAUGGGGAAGAAGAUGUGGAGCUUAGACACAGUAAGAGACAAGAUGGGAGGAAACAAAGUGAAGGAACACACAAAAGCAUUGAAGCAGUUGUUGCUCGCCUUGAAAAACAAAAUGGGAUGAGUCUCAGUAAUACUUCCAGCCCUGAGGAGGCUUUUAUGGAGUCUUCAGAAGGCAUGAACAAUAUGGACGAUGCUGUAGUUCCUCGGAUCCUGUAUGAAGAAUUGCUUAGGAGUUACCAACAGCAACAAGAAGAAAUGAGACACAUUCAACAGGAGCUUGAGAGAACUCGGAGACAGCUUGUGCAACAGGCAAAGAAGCUAAAGGAGUAUGGGGCACUCGUGUCAGAAAUGAAAGAGCUCAGAGACUUGAACAGGAGACUCCAGGAUGUACUGCUUCUAAGACUAGGUAGUGGACCUGCCAUUGAGCUUGAAAAAGUAAAACCAGAGCCAAUUGAGCCUGAACCCGAGGUACAGAAGACCUUCAGUGAGGAAGCAAACACAUCAACGUACUAUCCUGCCCCUGUUCCAGUAAUGGACAAGUAUAUUCUCGAGAAUGGAAAGGUCCAUCUUGGCAGUGGAAUUUGGGUAGAUGAGGAGAAAUGGCACCAGCUGCAAGUAACACAAGGAGAUUCAAAGUAUACAAAAAAUCUAGCGGUUAUGAUUUGGGGAACAGAUGUUCUCAAGAACAGAAGUGUCACAGGAGUUGCAACCAAAAAAAAGAAAGAUGCCGUUCCCAAGCCACCUCUCUCACCUCACAAAUUAAGCAUUGUCAGAGAAUGUUUAUAUGAUAGAAUAGCACAAGAAACUGUGGAUGAAACUGAAAUUGCACAGAGACUCUCCAAAGUCAACAAGUACAUCUGUGAAAAAAUAAUGGAUAUCAACAAGUCAUGUAAAAAUGAAGAAAGGAGGGAAAGUGCAAAGUACAAUUUGCAAUAAAUUUUGGAUUUUUAAUAAAAUCUUAGUGUUUUA